AUGCUGAAAUUGGAUAUGCUGGGUGAGGGCCGUGUGUUUGACGCCGCGAGACUGUAUCUUGGUCACUCGGUUUGCGUUCUUAUUGCUGGGUAUCUACUUUGGACUCUCUAUCAGGGUCUGCUUGGUCCAACGAGCGGAAUCCCUGGGCCGUGGCUGGCUCGGUUUAGUCGGUUCUGGCUGUUCAAGGAGACACGCAUGGGACGGUUCGAACAAGCGAAUAUCGAGUUACAUAAGAAAUAUGGUCCUGUCGUCCGCAUCGCCCCGGCUACAUUCAGCAUCAACGACCCGGCAGCCCUAAAGACCAUCUACUCGUCUGGCUCCAAGUUCCCCAAAUCAGAUUUCUACCGUCCAUUCGGGGAUCCCGCGAAAGACAAGAGGCAUCUAUUCUCAGAGCAGAAUAACCAGCUACACGCACUGAACCGACGCAAAAUUUCAUCGCUGUAUUCCAUGUCGACGCUGGUCACGUACGAACAUUUCGUCGACCGAUGCAACCAGAUGCUAUGCGACCGCCUAGACAGCUUCGCAAAAGACAAAGAAGCGUUCGAUGUGCCGACCUGGAUGCAAUAUUAUGCAUUUGACGUCAUUGGUGAUAUCACAACAAGUCAACCAUUUGGUCUUCUCGAGACCGGCAACGACGCAUGGGGUGUGCUCAAAAGCAUCGACCAGAGUCUGAAAUACGGAUCCACAGUUGGAAUCUUUCCCGAAUUGCACGCCUGGAUCGCAUUAGCCGGUCGAACCCUUCGACAACAAAUCCCACUUGAAUCCGUGAACUUGUAUAUUCAACAUCAGAUCGACACGCGGUCCGGGGAAAGUGACGAGAAGACGUCCUCCCGGAAUGACUUCCUAUCAAGGCUCCUCACUCUCAGAAGCGCCGACAAGGUCAAUGACUUCCAACUUUUCACUACCGUCGGCGCGAAUAUCGCCGCUGGAUCUGAUACAACCGCUAUAUCUCUUAGCAGUGUGGUCUACUCUUUACUCAAGAACCCAGAGGCCGCGAGAAAACUGAGGGAGGAAAUCGACUCACUUGCUCUAGACGGAAAACUCUCGGAACAGGUUACCUUCGAACAGGCUCGACAGAUGCCGUAUCUGCAGGCGUGUAUUAAGGAGGCGCUGCGAGUUCACCCGGCCACAGGGAGACCGUUGGUGCGCGAUGUACCGUCCGAGGGGGUUACUUUAGCCGGGAAAUAUUUCCCAGGAGGGAGCUCGGUAGGAGUCAAUACCUGGGUGAUCCAUAAUAACGAAGACGUGUUCGGUCCCGACGCCUCAGAGUUCCGACCCGAGCGAUGGUUGGAAAACGAUAAGGCGACGUUGUCUUUUAUGGAGCAGAAUUUUAUCCCCUUCGGGGCUGGUGCUCGUACCUGCAUUGGUAAGAAUAUCAGUUUGCUGGAGAUGUCGAAGGUCAUUCCGCAGCUGUACCGGAAGUAUGAGUUUGAGUUGGCUCCUGGAGAGGAGAUGACUACCUGGGAGGCGUGGUUCGUGAAGCCCAAGUUCCGGUGCUUUGUCAGAGAACGGAAGGAUAUUUGA